GGGAAUCACUACGUCAGCCCUUGCCGAGCCGCGAAGCCAAGAUCCCUUUCAUACAGGCAACCUUCAAUUUGGAGUGCAUCGCAUCGUGUCGCAUCCCAUCCCAUCCCAUCCCAUCCCAAGAGAUUACAGCAAAGUUAGGGUCUACCGCCUCUUUUAUUAUUGCUCUUUUACUCUUCUAUCAACUAUCAACUUCAUCUGAGCAUGAAGUAGUGACUCCCCAGUGAAGAUGCUGCAUAUAGCGAGCAGUCAGUCGCCGGUUGGCUCCAUCAUAUUCGCAUGCAUCGCCCUCGCUAUCCUAUCCAUCAUAGUUCUCCUCAUCCUCAGACGCUAUCUACCGCUGCGAACAACUCCCGCUUACUUACUCGUCCCUGUCUUCUUCGGGCUCUGGCUUCCUGCCAGUAUUGUUCUGCUCGUCCCGAUAGACCUCGCCUCUAAUGCAAGCCCCGACGACGAGACCAUCAGGGGUAUUUGGCUCCCGCACCGGGCCUUGUUGGUUGCGUGGAGGAUAUCGUACUGGCUCACAUUCGUCCUCACAUGGUUCAUCUUCCCCAUUUUCGCCGAAUACUCCGACGCUGGGUACCGAGAGCCUAAGGAUCGACUGAUUUAUUCUCUGCACCAAAAUGCCCAGUACUACGCCAUCAUCCUCGGGUCGGGAAUCCUUGGACUCGUAUACUUUAUAAUCUCCUACGGCUUUCAUUUUGCAUCGCUAAAGGGUCUUGUCAUGGCGCUUGCGUACUGUUGGGGUUUGAUCCUGGCUAUUUAUCUAAUGGGUCACGGCCUGGUUGCUAUUCCACGAAACUUGAUAAGGAAUGUGAGCGCAAGCGGCCGACUUAGGCGCCUGCAAUCCAGAGCCCCCAAACUGUACGAAAAUAUGGAAGACGCCAUCCUAAACCUAGAAGACAUUGAGUUCCAGGUGUCGGAACUCUGUAAGCGGAAGACAGGCAGUGCUAGGGAUUUCCAGGACUGGAUCGAAGAGCUGUCCGAUAUGUGCAAUAUUCCUGAGACACGGCCACGGAGUGCUAUUCCCCGCGAAAGCGAUGGCCGUACUGUUCCCACAGUUAUCACAGAGAAAUUCUUGGCUGAUUUAACCCGACAACUUGUUCGCGCAAAACACGCCAAGUCUCGAUACAUCGACGAGUGGGACCGUCUACUUCAUGAUGCCUCUCGGACCCAGGCAAUCCUAGACUCAUCUGCAUCGAAGAAACUCGACUUUGGUGGAGCCUCUCCAGCCUCAUCAACUCUAGAGAGACUCACGAUUCUUACCCCGUACACCCGAUACCUGUUGCACCGUCAGAUCCUUCCUUAUCUUCGCCUUUUUUUGGGAGGUUUCCUAAGCUUAGCCUCGAUAUGUAUUACUUGGUCCGAGCUGGUGAAGGGAGUAUUUCCGUCCUUAUCCGUGAUUCGAUUCACCGUCGUGCAUCAUUGGACAGGAGAUAGCGGUCGAGUUGGAUUUGCUGGGCAGCUGAUUGCUGCACUGUGGAUAUUAUACAUGUGUACAGCAGCGCUGCACACGGUCACAGAUGUGAAGGUCUGGCGAGGCCGCGCCUUGGUCAAACGCAAUACAGCACACGAGUCUGCGUUUUGGUAUGCUGGCCAAGUCGCGAGGCUCAGCGUACCACUUUCUUAUAACUUCAUCACCUUGAUGUCACCCAAGAUAUACACGAAAACCGUCUUCUACGGCCUGCUUGGCAGAUACAUUGACCUUACCCCACUUGGAGAUUGGUUUGACAAUUUGUUCCCCAUAUUCGUUUUAUUACCUGUUCUGGCGACGCUCUUUGGACUGUACGGUAAAGUGAAGCGCUUCUUUGGAUUUGGUGUGGACAUUGUCGACGAUGAGGAGGACGAGAAUUCAGGAGGGUAUGGCACCGGCUCCUGGCGAGAAGGCCGGGUGCUCAUUGAGCGCGAACUUAACGGGACAUCGAUAUCUCGGCGACUAGAAGAGGCCGCAUCACGCACUACUUCGGGUCGAGCGCAACCCAUUUUAACAGUGCCAUCGGCUAGAGCAGAAGGUGUCAGGACACCAUUUGCCACUUCACCCUCUCAGCACACUCUUCCCGCCCGAAACACAACAACCCGAGGGCGAUCAACGGUGACCACACCAUCAGAGCCUGAAGAAGACAACUUCUUUUCCAGCCUAAGCCAUCGAUUCAAGAACACGAUAGAUACGAUAGACACGCCCAAGUGGAUUCAAGAUAUAGGCGAUGGCAUCAAGAAACCCAAAUGGAUGGGCGGCGACGAUGAGGCGAGCGGGAGUGGUAGCCGUUCCGGCAGCGGAAGCGGCGCUGCUGGAGACUCGGAUAUACGGAGAUGGUUUGGAGGUGAUGGACGGAUACGGUUAUGAUACCACCAUGAUUACAUAGGUACAUAGAUAGAAUGCGGCCCAGGACAGAUGGCGCCUCAUUGCACAUGCAUAUAUACUCUUAAUCAUAAUCACGUAUACAAUUGUA